CUCGAAUGUCCCUGUGAGGCCCAAGACUGCAGAAGCUGUCUUUCUCGUGUGCUCUUGUGUCUCUCCACGCCGGCAGACGUCGUUCUGAGCGCUACCGAACCUGUCUCCUGCCUCAACCAUGGAUCACGACGACUACUUCAGCAACGCCGUCGACAGCGGCCCCCCCGGAGUCCAAGUCGACUCGGACACUGACAUGACGGCCUCUUCAUCGACAAUGCGCCCGACCAUGUUCUCCUCGCCAACCACCCACACCCGGAAGCAGGGCAGACUGUCGCGCUCCGCAGCACCGCGACCCAUCAUCACCCCCACAAGUCCUCUCUCGUCAACAAUACCUCACAAUCUGCUCCCAUCAGCGCCUGCGUCUCCGCCGACACCCGCCCCGAGCCCGACACCGACGCAGCGUGCUCCCGACUGGAGUACGGCGGCUGAACAUGAGGACUCGCAAAUCAAAAAUACGCGGGUGCAAUUCAGCGAGAUGAACAGGGCCGAACGCCUGCGACUUCUUGGAGAACUCCUAAAUCUGUGUGAUAGUCACGAGCUGAGCUUUGUUGCGGAAUUUGUAAGCCCGAGGUUGAAGAAGGACCCAUUUAUGGUCCUCCCGACGGAACUUUGUUUGCGGAUUCUAGAAUGUGUCGACGAUCCGACGACGCUCGUCCGCGCCUCGCAGGUUUCCAAGAAGUGGAGGGAGCUUGUUAGCGACGACACGGCUUGGCGGCUGUUGUGUCAAAAAUUCUCCUAUCGCGGACUCUCAAAAGAAGAGCGGAGUGAAGAAGACGAUCCUGGGGACGAGUGGGAUACCGAAUCGAAGCCCUCUCAGUGGCUGCAACCGCCCCGGGCAUCCCGACCAGAAGACGCUGUGAUGAGCCCGCAGGCGGAUGGCCUUUCGUCGGGCAACGGAACGGAAAGUCUGCGAACACAAAGCCUGGACCGGGGAGCUAAGAGGAAACCUUCCCAGCGCAGACCAAAAGCCACCACAUACCGCUCACACUUCAAGCAACGGUACAUGGUGGAAACCGCAUGGCGGUCAGGAGGCGUGUGUGAUGCUCGCCAGAUCACACCUGAUCAAGGAGUUGUGACGAGCCUGCAUCUAACCAAAAAGUACAUCGUUGUUGCCCUCGAUAAUGCCAAGAUUCACGUUUUCGACGUAAACGGCUGUCAUCAGAAGACCCUCCAGGGCCACGUGAUGGGGGUAUGGGCGAUGGUGCCUUGGGGAGACCUUCUUGUCAGCGGUGGCUGUGAUCGUGAUGUGCGGGUCUGGAAUCUAGCGACUGGCUAUCCCCAAUUCACAUUGCGCGGCCACACGUCGACAGUCAGAUGUCUGAAGAUGUCCGAUGCUAACACGGCUAUUUCGGGCUCGAGAGAUACAACGCUCCGGAUAUGGGAUCUCAAAAAAGGCCUUUGCAAACACGUCCUCAUAGGUCACCAAGCAAGUGUCAGGUGCCUCGAAAUUCACGGCGACAUCGUUGUAUCCGGCAGUUACGAUACAACCGCGAAAAUAUGGAGCAUAUCCGAGGGCAAGUGCUUACGCACGUUGACGGGGCAUUUUAGCCAGAUAUAUGCAAUUGCCUUUGACGGGAAGAAGAUUGCGACUGGAAGUCUGGACACCAGUGUCCGAAUAUGGGAUCCCACGGACGGAAAAUGUUUGGCUGUAUUACAAGGCCAUACCUCACUUGUCGGCCAGCUCCAAAUGAGGGAGGAUAUCCUCGUCACUGGGGGGUCCGACGGCUCUGUUCGUGUUUGGUCCUUGACAGACUACCAACCUAUUCAUCGUUUAGCCGCACAUGACAACAGCGUCACCAGCUUACAAUUUGACAACACGCGAAUCGUCAGCGGUGGGAGCGACGGUCGGGUGAAAGUGUGGGAUCUCAAGAAGGGCACUCUAGUCCGAGAGUUGAGUUCCCCGGCCGAAGCCGUCUGGAGAGUGGUGUUCGAGGAAGAAAAGGCUGUCAUUAUGGCCAGUCGGAGCGGCAGAACCAUUAUGGAGGUUUGGUCAUUCUCACCCCCGGACGACGAAAUUGACGACUUCCGGUCGAGCAGCCCUGCAAGCAUGCCAGAUCACUCAAUGGACUACGAGGAACGACCUCAGUCUGCUGCGGCAGCCCUCCUAGACGAAGGGGAUGUCACCAUGGCGGACUCCACAGAAGCAUGCGCAUAAUUCCGCAACGCCUCGAUUUUUGUUU